AUGAGUUUCUUUAGUUUUGGUCAAAGUGCAGAAAUCGAUAUAGUUUUGAAAGACGCUGAGACAAGAAAGAAAGUUGAACAUAAGACUGAGGAUGGGAAAAAGGACAAAUAUUUUCUGUUAUAUGAUGGUGAGACAGUAUCUGGAAACGUCAACGUAACACUUAAGAAUCCAGGGAAAAGACUCGAGCAUCAAGGCAUCAAAAUGGAGUUUAUUGGGCAGAUUGAGCUGUACUACGACAGGGGGAACCACCAUGAGUUUGUAUCUCUGGUUAAAGACUUGGCCAGACCGGGAGAGCUAACGCAGUCCCAGACCUUUGACUUUGAGUUUACACACGUGGAGAAACCAUACGAGUCCUACACAGGCCAGAAUGUCAAAUUACGCUACUUUCUGAGGGCAACGGUAAGCCGGAGACUGAACGACAUCAGUAAAGAGAUGGACAUUGUCGUGCACACGCUCAGCACAUACCCAGAACUCAACUCGUCGAUCAAGAUGGAAGUGGGAAUCGAAGACUGUCUACACAUCGAGUUUGAGUACAACAAGUCCAAAUACCACCUAAAAGAUGUAAUCGUGGGAAAGAUUUACUUCCUCUUGGUACGGCUCAAGAUCAGACACAUGGAGAUUGACAUCAUCAAGCGAGAAACGACAGGCACGGGCCCAAAUGUGUACCAUGAGAAUGACACCAUAGCCAAGUAUGAGAUUAUGGACGGAGCACCAGUGAGAGGCGAGUCCAUCCCUAUCCGACUAUUUCUGGCUGGCUAUGAGAUGACUCCUACAAUGAGGGACAUCAACAAGAAGUACUCUGUGCGGUACUACCUCAACCUAGUACUCAUAGACGAGGAGGAGAGGCGUUACUUCAAACAGCAGGAGAUCACUCUGUGGAGGAAGGGGGACAUAGUGAAAAAGAGCAUGUCCCACCAAGCGGCCAUCGCCUCACAACGCUUCGAGGGCUCAUCCAGUGCAGAGAAAGCCCUUGCUCAGGCCCAGGCUAAGGAACAGGAACAGUAAAACUCCAGAAUAGCCUACACUCCAUCGCUUUGUACAGGUGUGUGUGUCUGUGUGCAUGUACAGUGCGUGUGCGAUGUAGUGUACAUGUCUGUGAAUCUAUGAAUGUGAAAAAGAAUGCAUGUGUUUUUUCACUGCAUCUAUGAAUGUGUGUGUGUUUGUCAGAGCAUCUUUGAAUGAGAGCAUGUGUGUGUUGAUGUUCAAUAUGUGAACAUCAGCCAUUUUAGGCAUAUAUUUCUACCCUCGCCCAUUUCAACAUCGCCAUCUCACCACAAACACUGAUGGCACUUUCUACAACAACUGCAGUUGAAAAGGGAUGACACAUUUAAUGUUUAAAGAAAUAAGGCAUCCUCAUGGUAUAUUUAAUUUACUUUUAGCCAGGUUUUUCUGCCGUAUUGAUUAGCAUAAUAUGCUUUUUUAUUUUCUUUGAAAUAGUGAUUUCUUAACUCGAAACAAUGGUGAAAACAGCUGCUGUUGACAUAGCUUCCUUUAGGCAUCUCUUAAUGAAUACUUGUCUUUGGCAGUUGGACUCAAUGGACAUGCAAGACCUCUUAAGUCCUGUUUACACCUUGCAUUAACAUGUGGUCGUCAUCCGAUCAAGAUGAUCAAAUCACUAUCUGAUCAAGGUCUGUUCCGUCGACAUAAAAAUGUGUGUCUCAUCCGUCCACUGUAUGUGGACACUGGACACAUGUUAGCGCCAGGUAUAAACGUGGCUUUAGAAUCAGAGAAUAUGCUAAAAGUUUUUUUAUCAUGCGAAAUGUCAUGCAAAUAGGGAACAUUUUGGGAAAAUUACGUUUAAAUUGUCAGACAUCAACUAUCAGCAUUGCAUUCCAUUCCAUCAUAAAAAAAACAUUCCAUUUCAAGCUUUGUGUCAUUAUCAAUAAUGUAAACAGCAAUGUUUUAUUUUUUAACAUUAUCUUUUUUUAUGUAUUUGAUCUUUUAGUAGCAUUAUACAUGUUCUGGGUUCAUCUAUCUGUUAGAAAUGUAAGCCAGGUGGCUUAUGUCCAUUAACAUUGGCCAAGAUCGUUUUGCAUGGCCCAAGUGUGGUGACACUGAUAGUUUUUUGGAACUAAUGGCUUUCACGGUUGUGGCUUGAUGGAGAAUUAAUGUAGCAGGUUAGGAGAAUUAACAUGGCAGGUAAGAAGAAUUAACGUAGCAGGUUAGGAUAAUUAAUGUAGCAUGUUAGGAUAAUUAGGUUAAGGUUAGGAAAAGGGUUAGGCUGAGAUAAAAUGUACUCCAUCUUACCGUAGAAGCCAUCAGUUCCGAGAAACCAUCAGUAUACCAUGCCGGUUCUUCUCAUUUUAGACCAUUCCAUUGCUCCUACUGAAAUCUCCACCCACUCAAAACUAACUUACCCACUGCCACUGCUGCUAAUAGGUGUGAAAGAUUUUGGUGUAAACUUUCCAACCUAUGAACCAGAAAUAAGAAAUUUAAACCAUUCAAUUUUAUUUGCACUAGAUCCAAAUGAUGUGAAAUCAGUCUGUUUUCUGUCAGUAAUUGGUUUGAAAAGUACCUAGAAGAUAUUGCCAGCAUUGGAUAACUUUCUGCCUAAGGUUUAAUUGCUUAAUGGCUCUAGUUAAAUUCUAGAAACAACCUCACAGCUUGUUUUUCCUGUCAUCUCCAACCAUUUAACACCAGGCACAUGACUUCCGGUGUGAAUGCACUGAAGUCCUCGUAAAUUGUGCCUUCACUGUAGGGCUCAGUGUAAUUUUGAUUGGAAAUUUAUAUGAAGAAACGGAGCAUGUGUCAAAAGUAAAUACAUUUGUGUCAGAGCAAAUAAAUUUGCAAACAUUUCUAAAAAAACAGUUUUUGCUUUGUCAUUAUGCGGUAUUGUGUAUAGAUUGAUGAGAGGAAAAAACGAUUUAUUCAAUUUUGGAGUAAGGCUUUAACGUAACAAAAUCUGGAAAAGUGAAGGGAUCUGAAUACUUUCCGAAGGCACUGUAUUAUGGCCUUUAACUAGACUUUGGGCUAGAUGAAUUCAGAUUGAACUAGCCGACUCCCACAUAGCUGUUGUUUUGACGGUGUUGGGGGUGGAACUGGGUUAGAGCUGUAAAAUCCACAAAAGGUUCCUGGCAUUAUACCUGUCCCGGAUAUUGUUAUUGGCUGCAUAGAGUCGCAUUAGUAUAAAGCCCAUGCAGCCAUGUUAUGCUUUAUUAAUGCUAAACAAAGGUUCUUCAACGUAUUAGAGAAUGAUGGAUUUAAUUCAAAAUGACUCAAAAGAAAGGUACAUAAAUCAAACAUAAAUAUCAACAUAAAGAUAUCAUACAAACCUUAAACUACAGUCUGCAAAUAAAAAUAAAUACAAAAAAUGUC